AUGGAAGCGGGUACCGAUCUCGACUCAGUGACCGAUCUGCUAGCCCUGCGUCUCUCCUCGGUGCCAUUCCACGACAUCGAGCGAGCAGGAACGGAAGAGCGGAUGAACGAAGGAGAAGAAAGAGAAGAGGCACGGUUUCCGAGCGAGACGUUAGCGUCUGAACGCUGGCUCCCGCAGCUGGCGACGGUCUCCUUCGUCGGCCCAAUCACUCCUAUCCAGCCUGCGCUCGGCUUCUUCUCCACGAAGAUCCCGCUCCUCUUGCCGGAUUCCUCUCACCCGUUCAAGCCUUCCGGAUCCUUCCCCACGGGCUUGCUGCUCCUUCCCUCCUCUCUCGUCGUCGGAACUCUCCCGCAAAACCCUCACCUUCCCUGCGGCCCGUCAAAUUGGUUGAUCUCGGGUGAGAUAUGUCUGAUCAACAAGGAGAUCAGCGUGGUAGCCCAAAGCGUGUACGAACAACAGCCACAACAAGCAGGACUGCAACCGAGUGCGACGACAAGCCCAGCGAGUCAAGUCUCGUUUACGGGCUACAUGAACCGCCUGAUCCGGGUCGAUCCGCCGGUCUGGACAUACACCGGUCAGACCCAGAAGAAGAGGCCCGAUUACUCGAGUUUGGAGGGCGCGAUGGAGGCCAUCCUAGCCCAUCAAGGAGAGCAUGAGUAUGAAGAAGUCGGAUGGCAGGAUGGGGACGAGAUCCAGGACGGAGAGGUCCGCUUGGCCGAGCUCGAAUGGCUCGAUCUCUCCGUCCAUCUCCAAAGCCUUACAUACACUCCCGCAGACCAUCAGCAAGCUUCCUGGAGCACCCCCAGCUCCGAACUCGUCUCCUUCAAAUCUCGAUUCAAGGGUCGUUAG